UUUUCUUCUUUUGUUUCAAUCUUUCUUUUUGGGUUUUGUUUUCCUUUGCAAAGUGUCUUCAACUCAAGGAUUGAAACCGUUUAUUUUGCUUCCUUUUCAUCAUUAGUACAAAUUCAAAGUAUCAAAGGUGGUGUGUGUGUAUAUAGAUAUAUAUAUAUACACACACAUACAUAUAUACAAACUUAGGGGGUCUAGAUAUUGGAAUACAGACCAAGUUUUUGUAGCUUCUUUCUGAAACUGGGAUUUUUUAGACAAAGGGGAAAAAAACAAUAGGGAUUUUUAUUUUUACUUAUUAAGGAAUUAAUGGAAAACGUUCUUGGACAAGUUAAGGAAGAUGAUCAGCUAGAUUUGCCUCCGGGUUUUCGAUUCCAUCCGACCGAUGAAGAGCUUAUUUCUCACUACUUGUACAAGAAAGUUGUUGAUACAAACUUUGCUUGUAGAGCAAUUGGAGAGGUUGAUUUGAACAAGUCUGAGCCAUGGGAUUUGCCUUGGAAGGCUAAAAUGGGAGAAAAAGAAUGGUAUUUUUUCUGUGUUAGGGACAGGAAAUACCCAACAGGGUUGAGGACGAACAGAGCAACUGAAGCAGGGUAUUGGAAAGCCACAGGGAAAGAUAAAGAGAUUUACAGAGGAAAAUCCCUUGUUGGAAUGAAGAAAACCUUGGUUUUCUACAAAGGAAGAGCACCAAAAGGCGAAAAAUCCAACUGGGUCAUGCAUGAGUACAGACUUGAAGGCAAAUUCUCUGUCCAUAAUCUCCCCAAAACUGCCAAGAAUGAGUGGGUGAUUUGCAGGGUUUUUCAGAAGAGUUCUGGAGGGAAGAAAAUCCCCAUAGCUGGGUUUUCCAGAUUAGGCCCUUUCGGAAACGAAAUCGGUUCAUUUGGUUUGCCACCAUUAAUGGACUCUUCAUCACCUUUCAACAAUAAACCCAGAAACGUUUCAGACUCAGCCAACGUGCCCUGCUUCUCCAACCCCAGUAUGCUUGUUAUUGACAACAAUAACAACGCCAACAAUGAUAAUAGCAAUAACAAUAAUCCUAUUUUUGGUGUUCCUUCAAAUCCCACAAAUAAUGUGAUAAUCCCAAGAAUCGCACUUUCAAAUCCUCUUUAUCCAACUCAAUCUGGCCCGGUUUCGUCCUACAUGCAGUUCCAAAGUCAGGUUUUGGUGCACGACCAGUCCAUCCUAAGCGCUUUGCUAAACAACAAUGGCUCAAGCUUGAGGCAGAGUUUCAAGGCAGAGAGACAACAAGAAACGACAACAGCAAAUGACCACAUCAGCAAUGAAAUCACUUCUGUUAUGGCAAAUCUUGAGAUGGGUAGGAGGCAAUUUGGUGAUCAGAAUCAAUCUGGACCGGUUGAUCUUGAGAGCUUUUGGAAUUACUGAGGGAUAAAAAUGAAAAAAAAAAAAAAAAGAUAUAAGAUUGAUUGAUGUAUCAAGUGGGGGGAAAAAAGUGGCAGAUUUGUUAGUUUAGUAGUAGUAGUAUAUUGUUUCUGAAUUAAAGGUUGUGAGUUUGUAUAGGUCUUUUGAAUAUUGAAGAGAAUAUGAAUUAAUGUGAAAAAUAUAGCAUGUAUUGUAAGAAAAAUUAUAUAUGAUCUAUAACUGUUUUUGGCUUUUAA